AGUGAUGGCUUCAUAAUGAAGCGAAUGAAGUGUUACUAACGGCAGGACCCAGCUGUGAGAAUGCUUCGGGGAAUGAUUGGUUUAAUGCAAAUCUGUAGGGUCGCUAUGAGUCAGAAUCGACUCUACAGCAGUGGGUUUGUUUUUUUUUUUUUUUUUUUGACGGCUUAAAUUGGGCCACUCUCUGGUCACUACGUAAAUUAUGGCUGUGGCUAUGGCAACUCUGUAUCCAUUCUUUUUGCUCUUGUUUGUGCUUUCUAAAUUUUACAGAGCAGAACAAAGAGUUUUGAGGUUUUGACCAACAUUUGUAAGUUGACACAUAUUGGGGUUAUAUUAGGUGGUAAGCCAAGAGGGAUGCAGUUUUCUUCUUUAUAGAGACAGGGCAAUAGAUUGGGCCGGUGUGAUGGGCUGUACAGCAUAGUGGCAGAAUUCUUGGAAGUAGAAUGUAGAAAGCUUUAGUUUAAUUUCUCUUUUUAGUUCUGCUUAAAAGUCAUCAAGUCUUCCCUGGAGCUAUAAAAUGUAGUACCAGUGGGUGUUUUUGUCUCAAAAAUGUGUCAGAUGUUACCUCUCCUCCCCUACCCAACUCUUUUCUUUAGCAGCAGCCAAAAAUGCAUCUUACUAGUAUUCAGGAGAUCAGAAUUUUUUUUCCUUGACAUAUAUAAUUUGGUGGACGAAGAACAAUCCUUUCUUUCAAUAAUAAUAAUAGCUAACACUUAUAUAGCACUUACUAUUCCACUAUUUUAUUAACUCAAUCCUUAAACCUAUGAGGAGAAUACUAUUAUUAUUCCCAUUUCACAGACCAGAAAACAGAAAUUAAAUGAAUACCUCUGAUCAUUGUGCAUGACUGAUCAUAUACUGAAGAGAGACUGCAAUCAACAAUAAGGUGGAAAAGAAUGAUGUUGUCCUUAAACAAUCUACAGAAUGUCAUCCAUAACCCGGUAAUCCCCUAUGUUGGCACCAUUCCUGAGCAGUUGGAGCCUGGGACUUUGAUUGUAAUACGUGGGCAUGUUCCGAGUGAUUCAGACAGAUUCCAGGUGGACUUACAAUGUGGCAGCAGCGUGAAACCUCGAGCUGAUGUGGCCUUUCAUCUCAAUCCACGCUUCAAAAGGACCAACUGCAUUGUUUGCAAUACUCUAAUCAAUGAAAAAUGGGGAUGGGAAAACAUCACCUAUGACAUGCCUUUCCAAAAAGAAAAGUCUUUUGAAAUCGUGAUCAUGGUGCUGAAGGACAAAUUCCAGGUGGCUGUAAAUGGAAAACAUACGCUACUCUAUGCCCACAGGAUUAGUCUGGAGAAAAUCGACACUCUGGGCAUUUAUGGCAAAGUGAACAUUCACUCUGUCGGUUUUAGAUUCAGCUCGGAUUUACAAGGUACCCAAGCAUCAUCUGUGGAGCUGAUACAGAUAAAUAGAGAAAAUGUACAGAAGUCUGGCAUCUCACAGCUUCCUAGUAAUAGAGAAGGAGACAUUUCUAGAGUCGCACCCAGAACUGUCUACAGCAGGAACAAAGAUUCGACUGUCAGUCACACUUUGACUUGUGCCAAAAUACCACCUAUCAGCUGUGUUUCAAAGACUCUGCCAUUUGCUGCAAGGCUGAACUCUUCAAUGGGCCCUGGACGGACUGUCGUCAUUAAAGGAGAAGUGAACACAAAUGCCAAAGGCUUUAAUGUUGAUCUGGUAGCAGGAAAAUCAAGAGAUAUUGCUCUACACUUGAACCCACGCCUGAAUAGUAAAGCAUUUGUAAGAAACUCUUUUCUUCAAGAGUCCUGGGGAGAAGAAGAGAGAAAUAUUACCUGUUUCCCAUUUAGUCCUGGAAUGUACUUUGAGAUGAUAGUUUAUUGUGAUGUUAAAGAAUUCAAGGUUGCGAUAAAUGGUGUACACAGCCUGGAGUACAAGCACAGAUUUAAAGAGCUUAGCAAUAUUGACAUGGUGGAAAUUGAUGGAGAUAUCAACUUAUUGGAAGUAAGGAGCUGGUAGUUGAUAUGACUGCUACAAAAACCGAAAUACAAAAUGGCUUAUGUGAUAUUGGCCUGGUUAAAACUCAUCUCACUGUCAUUAUACUGUUUAUAUUGUUAAAAUGAGCUUGCAUAGUAUUAAGUCUCCUGGGCAUUCUCAGUCCUUGGGCACAGAAUGAGAAAAUUUGUGGCACUAGCAAUUUGAUUAUUAAGGCUACUCUGUUCUUGCUUUCACUUUGGUCUCUUUAUUAACCCCACUUCAUAUUCAACAAGUAUUAAGUGCCUACUGUAACACAGUGGCUAACAUGUAUUGAACACUUGUCUGUCAGCACUGUGCUAGAAGCUGGGGAUAUAUACACAUAGUGGUGGACAAGACUAACUCCCUGUUUGCUUGAGCUUAGGACCUUCUGUGCUCUUCUGUUGGGCUACUGUUCUUUCUAUAGGCAUUGCUCAAACUCACCAGGGUCCUUCAGAGUUAAAACAGCUACUCAGUUAUUAACUAACCUAAAGACACUAAUUUAUAGGAGACACUAUUCCUUCAUAUCCAGUUUUCUAUCAUAUCCUGUAAUUUAAAGGGUAAUUUUCUUUAGCAUAAUAAACAUCUAUCUCUGCUAGCCAAAAACUUUACCGAAGAAUUAACACAAUAAAAUCUGAAGACAGCACAAAGACUAAGGCAAAAAGUAAUACAAAACAAAAAAUGUUGAAAUUAACUUGAUGUUAAGUUCAAGAGAGCUGAUCUCUGUACGGUAAACGAGUAUUUCAGAGGAUUUGAACUUAGGGUGAGUUAAAGGCCUGCACGUCUGCAUACAGAAAGUUGAGGAUAACAAACCAAAACCAAACCCAUUGCCACAGAGUCAAUUCCGACUCAUAGCAACCCUACAGGACACAGCAGAACUGCCCCCAUAGGGUUUCCAAGGCUGUAAUCUUUACAGAAGCAGAAUGCCUCAUCUUUCUCUCUCAAAGAGUACCUGGUAGGUUCGAACCGCUGACCUUUUGGUUAGCAGCUGAGUGCUUAACCACUGCACCACUGGGGCUCCAGUUUAAGGUACAGGCAGUAUGAAUUCAACUUUUAAAACAUUUUAUGGGUUAGCAAAAAGCAGUGUUGAGAUUAGACUUAACAAAUGUUGAAUAGGUACUACCAGAAAGUAAAAUACACCAAUUGAAAGACCAGUGAAGUAGGUAGAGAAAGGUAAUCCAAGUCUUUUGCUUGUCUGCGUGCAAACCAACACUUGCCUCUCUGCUCUUCUAAAGAUUAGUCCAUCAUUAGCAACUGAGAUCAAAACAUUGUUCUACUUUAAGUGAUUAAAUCAAACCUGUAUCAGCAAGUCAAACUGUUACAUUUCUGUAAUUCUUCUAUUCUUUGAAGUGAGCUGGCAGAAAUUCUGCAUAGAACCUUUACAGGUCAGAUCUUGUUACAGGAAAUCUCAAAGGUCUCAGAGUGGGGCUGCGGGGGCUAGGUCAGUCAGAUCAUUUUAUAAUAUUAAAUUGUUGGGCUGAUUCUGACAGAUUUAGGAAUAUGUUCAUAAGAGAUUUUACUUAAGUAUUAUUUGAAUCCAUGUAUUGAAAAGAAUACUAUUAUCAAUCUCUUAUUUUUAAAAAGUACUCAGUGUAGAAACUGCUAGCCCUCCAUUUCCCACCUUUUCAUGUUAAAUUCAUUAUGUAGAUAGUCUUGCCAAGCUCGAAAUGACACUGUGGGAGGGGGGUGUGCAGGAAAGUUGUAGAAGGCACGUGGGCUCUAGAAUCCCCCUAGAUUAUUUUUCCUUCAUAAAGAGCAUCAGAGCAUAUGACUGAGAUGUUGGAGACUAUAGGCCAUUCAGGAAAAACUAAAAGCCCAUUUGCAUUGUUUCCUGUAAGUCUUAAACUUAGUUCAUUUUCAUUUUUGUUUUACAUUGUGGUAUCACUUACUUUUUGAUAGAAUAAACACAAUCUCACAUGUAUUUUUUGGGGGGAAGGAAGCUAUUAUUAACGAAUUUUAUCGAGGCAUUCUUAGAGAAAAAUCUACAUUCCUAGCAAGUUGUAUCUCUAAGUUGCAAGUUGGCCUUUUGCUUAUUAUGUCACAAUUCUGCAUUAAAUUUCUGUAGUAAGUCAGAUCAAAGGCUUUCAAGUGCAAAUGUAAAUAUUGUUAGGGGACAGUUCUUAGAUUCCUUAAAAAAUAAAGGCACAGUUGUUUAAUCUUAUUUGCGCUCUCACCUCCUACCUUCACCAUGACACAGUACUAGAGAUUAUAGAACUUCAAAGCAUUGAAAAAAAUACUGAAAUAUAUUUACUUUCUUUCUCAUAUAGCAAUUCUUGGUUAG